AUGGUAUUUUUGCAAACAUUUUCUUCAGAUCUUUAAUGCUAAAAAUCUGGCAAAGUUAUACCACUUAUCACCAAUAAUUCAAUCAAUGAAUCUCAAAGAAGCAACUAUGGGUUUUCUCACUUUGAUUUGAACAUUUUACUUUGGUUGCUAUUCGCCUACCAUGCAAUUGAAUCUUUUUCUAACAUUAAUGAGCUAAUUCAAAUCAGAGAAAGUCAAUUCAAACCAAUCGCCUCAAUGCUUUUUUCAAUAAAUGGAUGCUAUGGCCUUGGAGUAUUUGUUUACGCUCAGGUGCUUCUAUUUGGAUAUCUUUCAGACUGCAAAUUAAAUACUUUGGAAAACUAGCUAUUACAUCUUUGGAUUGUGGUUGAAAUUACUACGAAAACUUCAAUUCCUAGUCUCCAAUGA